GUGACUGACAAGUAACCAUUUUGCCUGAUGCUUGUGAUGUGUAUAUUCAAGUUUACCAAGGGAGUUGUGCUCUGUCAUCUUGCAACUGAAUGUAUUGGGCAGCCCAAAAUCACUCAUGCUUCCUGUUGUGCUUCCCUUGAUCUUACCUACAUCACCACAAUCAGCCCAUUCCCUCCUCUAAAUGAGGAUCUGGAAGAUUCCAUACAUUCCGUUUCGACCCAUCAAAGUUAUCCACGUCGAUGUAUUUCACUUCAUAUACAUCGGCAUCUCAAAACCCACCAACCGGAAAGAGAACAUUGAUUUUCCGACGAGGAUCGAGAGAGUCUCAACUUCAAAGUUCCAUCUCAGUCGAGACUGUAAGAUUGAUUCAUUCCGUCGUAGUGCGAGGAUAGAAAACGUCUCGACUUUUGAUCUCUGGGUCUGUAGUUGGAUCUUCUGAGAUAGUAGAACUUGGUGUAUUGGAUAGAAGAGAAAGGCUUUGAAGCUGUUCUUUGAAUGGAUUGUAGGAUUCGAGAAUGUCAGAGGAACGGCCAGUCGAAAUCGUGUUGCUCUACACUCAUAUGAUGGAUGAUCAGUCAUAUCAUAGAGUAUACAACACCUAGAUCUAGCUGACAGUGAAAAUUAUGCUUGGCCGUGACACCUAGUUCUUGUUCCAGACCCAUUGGAACUCUCAGGAUCAGUUCUAGGCCACAGAAGUAGAUGAAUAGAGUUGUUUCUGUCGUAGAAGAAAAGCAGUCGUAUUGUUCAUAUUGAAUUCCGGGCUUAAAAGUGCGGACGCCCGCAUUAUCGAGACUUCUUGAUGUUUAUCAAAGUAUCUGCUAGGGAGUAGGCAUCACACCGCAUCUUGAGUACGCGAUUAUAUAUUAAAAAAAUGAUCAAAGAUAACUGGAGUGUUAGAUGAUCUGUAAGUUGUCUCGGGGAUUAUUAUACAGUAGUACUCGUAGAUAGAUAACGUAUUGAACCUUGCGCUGCUGUCGAUACCCCGCGGCGGGGUAAGGUGGGUAGCACUGAAACACCAGCAUGAUCGCCCACUAAGAGAUAAUUAUCAACCUUCCCGCCUUCAUUUAUAAAUUGCUCCUUUCCCUUGAGGAACCGUUAUACAAACUUGGGUACCUUCAAUAAUAAGCUCAUCAAAAAGUAUGUCACCAACGGCGACUUCUCUCGAUAAUGAACCCGCAAAUAAUAGUCGAGUGGGCGCAAAGGGGACGACUGUAUCGGGCAAAAAGCUCAAAAUCAGGUCGUACCCGAGGUUUGAAAGUUUAGAAGAAGAGAGAUUAUAUCGCAAACAGCAUUUGGCUGCUGCAUUUAGGAUAUUCGCCGAUCGAGGUUUCGAUGAAGGGGUUGCUGGCCAUAUAUCAGUUCGUGACCCCAUUCUUACUGAUCACUUUUGGCUUAAUCCCCUCUCGCAACAUUUCUCUCAAAUCUGUGUAUCAGACCUUAUCUUGGUGGAUGAGGCAGCCUUCUGGUUCAUUAGCCUUGAUAAAACCUGUCAUGCCCAGCUACUUGUUGAUGCUGCAGCUUCAGGUAGUGGGAAGGUGAAGAAGAUCAUUGGGGAUGAGGAGGCAGCUUUUACUUAUGAUCAAGUCGGAGGACCAGAAAAAGGGUGGUUAGCAUUUCAAGGCUACUAUGAUGAAAUCAUGGCCAAAACAGGUGGAAACUUCCUAAAGUGACAGCCCAGAGGGAAAUGGAGAGGGGAUCCAAUCAGCCCGAUUGAUGGUCUGGUAUGUUCGCAGACGCUGUCGUGACUUGAAGAAUCGUCUAAUCUUGAUUCUACCAAUUCAUGUACAUAGAGAUCUCGAUGAACUAAAUGUUUGAUGAAUGCUCUUUCAUCUGUCGCUUAUUUCGUAGCCAUAUUGUUCAAUGUUGUAAUCCUAGGCGCUUCCCCAUGCAUGAAGCAAUCACGAGCAUGCAGGUCUCCGUUUAGGACGCAAUCGUUUCUCCGAACAUGCGACUGACACGAUAAUCCUUCGAAGGGUUUUCAUCCUAAAUCUUAAUGUUAAUGAGACAAUAUUCAGGAAGUUUUCCUCCGCAUCCUGCAUGUUUACAAUGAUGGGGCAUACACAUCUGUCAUAUGUAUUGUAACAUCGACUAGAGUUUCCACGGUGAGCACGAAAGAGAUCGCGACUAUCAUGCACCCAUGAAUUCGGGACUUCCUUGUGAGCAUCCGGUACCGAUCAUUCGGAUAUGUUAGGGAAUGGUGGCUGAAGAAGGGAAAACAAGAAUGAAAAUGGGGGAUCGCUCUCUCUUCUUGGGUAUACCUAGGUAGGUAUCUAAAGGUGGGACUGAUAAAAUGUUGCCCAAAAGAUGUUUGGGUAGCGGCCAGUUAUCAUCCAUGAAUCAGAUUUGGGGCACAUGUAGCUAUGCCCUGCCAUGGAGCUGACCGACGCAAAGAGAAAUUAAGGCACUGCGUG